CCUCAAAGUGAUCCGUAUCCAAGAGGUAGACAGUCGUCCCAAGUCUUUCAAUUAUUUAAAUCGUUCCUGUAGACGCGCUGUCAACUUUUACUCUGUUACCGAUACUUUUUAUUAAAGAAAAAGUGAAGUUUCAAUAAAUUUUAAUAAAAAAAAAUAAAAACGAGCAGUGAUUUCCAGUGCAUGUCUGUUGAUAAUAUUAUCAUCAGUAUAAUUUUAAUGUAAUAAAAGUUUCGUGGACGUUUUUUAAUAUUAUUUAAUGGUCUUCUUUCUCUGUCGGUUCUGAAACAGAGUGUUGCUUAGUCAGUUGUUACCAGUGGGCAAGUUAUUAAACGUGCAAAUCUUCAGUUAAAGAUAAAUCGGCAAGGUUUUAAGAAAUCGGAAGCCUCUUGAGUACAGAAUAUAGAAGAUGAAAUCAACCCAACCGGAUUUCUAAUUAUUUCCAAAGAUGUACAACGAGUGGCAAGUGGGUGAACUUGUGUGGUUCGACCCAGGUGUCGGUCAUGUGCUACCAGGAGAAGUAUUGGAAUACCAUCGAGCUGCUAAUGUGCUAUCAGUACAGGCUGUCAUUGCUGGCAAGCCGCAAACUUUUACGCUUACAAACCUGACUGGAGUGAAGCCUAGACAAGAUCUUGGGCAGAAUGGAGUCGAGGAUAUGAUUCAAUUGAAUGAUUUAAAUGAAGCAUCUCUACUUUGGAACCUAAAAAUCCGAUAUGACAAAGAGCUUAUCUACACAUAUACAGGCAGUAUCCUCGUGGCCGUGAAUCCGUACAAGAUGUUUGACAUUUAUGGCUUAGACCAAGUCAAAUUAUACGAAGGAAGAAUCCUCGGAACAUUACCGCCACAUCUUUUUGCCAUGGGUUCUUCGGCUUAUAGUCAAGUUUCAGCCGCUAAUAACUCAACCGCAAACCAAGUGGUAGUUAUUUCUGGUGAAUCUGGUUCCGGUAAAACCGAAUCUACUAAACUUGUAAUGCAAUAUCUGGCGGCUGUUAAUCGUGCACCAAGUAAUCUUGUUACCGAACAAAUUUUGGAAGCUGCGCCUCUUUUAGAAAGCUUUGGAAAUGCGAAAACACCGAGGAAUAAUAACAGUAGUCGAUUUGGAAAAUAUCUUGAAGUUCAUUUUCGAGACGGAGUGAUAGUCGGUGGACGAGUAACGCAGUAUUUAUUAGAAAAGAGUAGAAUAGUAACCCAGGCAUCAGACGAGAGAAACUAUCAUGUAUUCUACGAACUUCUCGCUGGCCUUGAUCAACAACUGAGAGACAAAUACGGUCUUCUUACUCCCGACAAGUAUUUUUACCUUAAUCAGGGAGGAAGCUGUCAAAUAGAUGGAAAAAAUGACACCCAAGAUUUCAAAGCCUUGCUAUCAGCGAUGCAAGUCCUCGGAUUCACUUCCGAAGAACAAGACACCAUAUUCCGAAUUUUGGCAAGUGUUCUUCAUCUCGGGAAUGUCUAUUUCCAUAGAAAGCAAAUGAGACACGGUCAAGAGGGCGUUGAAGUAGGCUCGGAUGCCGAAAUACGCUGGGCGGCUCAUCUUUUGCAGAUAAAUGUCGAGGGAAUUAUUCGGGCGCUUACGACAAAAACUACCGAAGCGAGGAAUGAAAGAGUGUUAACAGCCUUAAAUAUUGACCAAGCCUUAGACGCGCGAGAUGCCUUCGCAAAGGCUCUCUAUAGCUCGCUUUUCUCUUGGCUAGUCGCACGGGUCAACCACAUUGUUUACAAAGGAACUAAACAAAUCUCGGCGAUAUCCAUCCUAGAUAUUUUUGGGUUUGAGAAUUUCACAGAAAACAGCUUUGAGCAACUAUGCAUCAACUACGCUAAUGAAAAUCUUCAUUUCUACUUCAACAAACAUAUAUUCAAACUAGAACAGCAGGAAUAUGCGAAAGAAAAAAUUGACUGGACGACUAUUAAUUACACUGACAAUCUACCAGUUAUUCAUUUGAUUGCCAAGAAACCAGUAGGAAUUCUUCACCUGCUAGAUGAUGAAAGUAAUUUUCCAAAAGCCACCGAUCUUUCUUUUCUCGAGAAAUGCCACUACAAUCACGCCCUCAGUGAACUUUACUCUAGACCACGGAUGAAUUCCGCGGAGUUCGCGAUAAAGCACUACGCCGGUCAAGUCUGGUACAACGUCGACGGAUUCUUGGACAAAAAUCGAGACACAUUGAGAUCGGACGUCGUAGAGCUUCUCAUUAGCAGUAAAAUUCAGAUGGUUAGUAAGAUGUUCCAGCACGUGAGAUCUGCGCACGAGGCCAAUAAGACAGUGAACAAACCAAAUGGUCGAUUUGUCACGAUGAAACCAAGAACACCAACAGUAUCCGCGCGGUUCCACGACAGUCUUCAGCAGCUAUUAGAGUCAAUGUCUCAAUGCAAUCCGUGGUUCGUGAGAUGCAUUAAGCCGAACAACGACAAGUCGCCAAUGAAAUUCGACAUGCCUUGUGUUCUGGAGCAACUUCGUUACACGGGAAUGCUUGAGACGAUACGGAUCAGAAAGACCGGUUAUCCAGUACGGCUUCUCUUUGGUCAUUUUGUAGAUCGGUAUCGGUACUUGAUAUCCACAAGAUUGCCUAGAGGCGCGCCCAACAAGGAACUCUGUCGCAUAAUCUUAGACAAAGCUGCACCAGCAGACGCUCAUGAUCAAUAUCAAUUAGGCUUGACCCGCGUUUUUCUUCGUGAAUCACUCGAAAGGAACUUGGAGUAUAAUCGAGCGUUAAUUUUAGAACGCGCAGCUAUUACCGUUCAACGAUACACGAGAGGUUUUCUAGCAAGACGUAGAUUUUUAAAUAUAUCCCGUAGUACUGUCUUUCUUCAAGCAGUCUACCGUGGCUAUCGCGAGAGGAAAAAUUUCCGUGCUUUGAAAAAAGGCGUUAUUAUGGCGCAAAAGCUCUAUCGUGGUAAAAAAGAACGAGAAAAUUUCAAAGUACUUAAGGAAGAAAUGGCUAAACGCGCGGAAAUAGAAAGGGCAAGCAGAGAACGCGCUAAAGCCAAACAACAACGGGAAGAACAGGAAAGAACUUCCAGAGCUGUUGCUGGCGUUAAUCAUCUUGAAAUUCCAGCGGAAUUGGCAUUUAUUUACAGUAAACUCGACGAUUGGCAACCGCUGCAUACCGAAAGGAACUUAUUGAAAGUAGUCGGCUCUGUUACUCCACUUCCUCUCACGUACAGUCUGCCAUCGGAUAUUGACCAACAUCAGUUCUCUAAAUUUACUAAUAUUUACUUCAAAAGUCACAUUUUUGGCAUGAAGCGCGAACCAAUAAAGACCCCGUUCUUGGCUAAGGCACGGGAUCAAGAUUAUACGGAUUCGCUGAUGAUAUUCAAGCUGAUUUUAAGAUUCAUGAAUGAAAAUAAUCUCAGCGGAAAACGGGAGCAUGCGCUAGGUGACUAUAUUGUUAAUAAAGGGAUUGUCAAUGAGAAAUUACGUGAUGAAAUACUUUGUCAACUGGCCAAUCAAACCUGGAAGAAUGAAAAUGAUCAAAAUAAAGAACGAGGAUGGUUGCUUCUAGCCAAUUGCUUGUCAGCUUUUCAACCUAGUCCAACGUUAUUUAAAUACUUUUUGAAAUAUGUCUCAGAUCACGCUUACAAUGGAUACAAGGCUUAUUGUCAACGCAAGCUCCUUCAAGGAGAACGUACAGUGAUAAGAAUAAUGAACAACAAUCAAUUAACAGCUCAUCAUGUACCAAGAAGUUAUCCACCGUGUGUGCUCGAAUGGAGAGCUAAUAGAAACCGAGUAAACAUGGCUCUUAACGUCAGAUUUUAUGACGGUGAAACAACAACAUGUGCAGUUGAUUCUUGGACAACUUGCGAGGAAUUAGCUAACCUAGCAAUUCAAAACCACGGAGUUGAUAAUUCCGGUUGGACUGUUAGUCUUUGGAAUUACGACACGAUGGUCAGCGAGACAAAUGGGUUUGACUAUGUAUUAGACUUAAUCUCCGAGAUGGAGUUGGCCCCGGCAUUCCCAGCGGCAAAACAUAUGUUCCUAGAACAACGAAAGAACAGCUUCCCUCCAAUUAAAAAGAGAGAGCAUACACAAGUCAUUCGUGAACUGGAACAAGACAUGGAUAUACCAGUGCCUGUGCUAAAGACCUUCCAGCCUUUGGAGAGAAAACCAGUGACGAAGGUGGUGGACAAGCCUGUUGAACCGGAACUUCAAACGCCUAGAAGACCGGCAGUGCCUCCACCUCAGCCACCGGUAAUAAAAUCACCUACAAGAAAGCAGUCUCACGAACCAGUUUUAGAGUCUUCCGGAGAAAUUGGACUAUCUAGACAAUCGGCCUUGAAUGAUCGUUACUUCGAGAAAGAAAAACAACGAAGUAGAAGUCUUGACAAUCUACUUCAAUCAGAAAUUAUUUUACCGCCAAGUAAACUGACUAAUUUAGGGCUUUCUUCUUCAAAGUUAAACGAGAGAUACCACAGUCUCGAACGAAUAGGCGAAGUAUCAGCUAACUCUAACUCCGAGUAUAUGACCCGCUCAGAAGUGUCACAGGAAAGAAAAUACAGCAGAAUCGGUAGAACUACCGAGCCAAACAUCGAAGAAGAAGAAGAUUUGACGAUAGACUUCGAGUACCCGGACAUACAGUCAGUGAGUCAAACUGGAAGGUCUGAAGAUGACAAGAGCAGCUAUAUAAGGUCUCAAACCAGGUUCAUUAAAGCUCAGUACCCGAGUAAGCGAACGAUACCUGGUAGUCAAUCUAGUCGAGCUUACAUCGAGAAAAGCGAGUAUGGCGCCAAGUCUUCGGCAAUGUCUGAUACUAGCGAAGCACCAUCUCUGGCUUCGCAUGUGAGACGAGUCAGAGUUCCCAGUCAGGCAUCAGAUGUCGACCAGUUUUUGGAUGAACUAUUUAUGCCUGUCUUGGAUGGCAAUUUGGACGAGCUUUCUGAUGCUAGGAGCUUAGCUGCGAGUAUAAAGGGGACUUUUAAGAAUGUGAAUGAUGAUGUUAAAAAAUCUGAAACAUUAGAUGACUUUUUAGAGGCCAUUACCGAUGAUCUUGUGAUACAAGAGCUAUCUUCGGCAGAAUUGUCUGCUAAGAUUCGCGGCGGAGGAAAUAUGGACAUUCCUAAUCAAAAUACAGCAUUUAACUUCAGUCCUUUGUCACCGGGGAUGAUGUCGCCACCUAUGAUGAUGCCAAUGUUCUCUCCUCCAGCCGCAUCGGGGUCGCUGCCAUCAGGACAGAAUUCUAACUUAAAUAUGGGCUCGGGUUUUCUUCCAAUUCCGAUUUACAACAUGCAAGGACUUAAUUUACCUCAAUAUCCAAAUUCUCCGCCAAAUCAAAGCGCAGAUAUGGUCGCGUACCAGCAAAAUCUUCAACGAGCCUUCCUACAAAGUGCGAUGGCCCAGAAUCUUCAAAUUCAGCAGCAAUUACUGGCUCAGAAUCAAGCAUUUCAACAGUUGUUAGUCCAAAAUGGCGUUCAACAGCCACUACCAUUUUCAGAUGGUGAACAAACAAAUCGUGCCAUGCCUUCGCAAUCAACCCCUCUUAGUCAACGUUUAGAGACAGUGACUGUCAAAGCUCAAGUUCAUCGAUCCCAGAGCCCACCUAAGAAAGCUGGGCUAGAUUUGAACAGAAAAACUAGUAUUGAGUACUCGGCUAGGAAAAUAAGUGUUGAGAGGAAAAUUUCAGCUACGCCGGAGUUAAAAAGAACUAGUUCUGGAAGAGGCAAUAUUCAGAGUAAUUUUACUAAUGUGUUAAGUGAAUUGAAAAAUAGGAAAAGCAGUACUGAAUGCAGUCCUGGGAUAGCUAAAGGUGUACCACCGCCUCCUCCAAUGCCGCCACCAUUAGAUGCCCAUGAUCCUUCGGAGUCUAGGCCAUUUUUGGACCCCUAUGGAAGGGCCAAGACUGUUCGCAUCGGGAAGUGGAGAUGGCCACCUCCUAGUGACUCGAAUGAGCAGCAAAAUCAGGACAGUUUUACUGAGUUUAAAAUGCGCCAGCAUCAGCAGCAACGGAAAAUUACUCCGCAGUAUCAGGAGUAUAAUAAUACCAAUGGGAAUGUUAAUGGGGAGGGAUCGGUUGAUUGGGAGGAAUUUGAAAUCGAAAACGUUAUUGCGGAAACAAAAGCUGAAAAUCAUACAGUUAUUUCGACGUCUGUUGUUACGAAACAUGAAAAUCAUAAGGAAGAAGGAGAUAAGAAGAAGAAAAAAUCUAAAGCUGGUUACGAAGUCGGAGCUCAAAGACCAUCGCCAGGAAGCAUAGGCAAGUUAAAACUCAGCUCGGAGAUGCGCCAACGUUUAGAGAAAGUUACUGCAAAUCACAGUGUUCGUUCAACCAAGACCACUGAGAAGCCAGCAUUGCUCCGGGAAGAUGUAAAGGUCAAUAGGCUGGAGGACAAUCGAAAGCUUCUGCUCCAGCAACAGUUAGGUGGAAGAUGGGACGAUUACGCCUCAACGGCGGAUGAUACUCAAAGCGUGACCUCUAAAGGGACCACCGAAAUGAUGACGCAGGUACACGUUGUGAGAACACAAAUCGAAAGAAUGGAAAAUAGGCCCGUACCUCCGCCUCCCCCGAUCUCACCGCCGCAGCCUCCCAGUCCAAGAGGUGGAAGUAUUUACAGUAACAGUCAAUCAGGUGUACCACAACCACGUUCUCCACCGGCGCCUGUGGAACCUAAAAACCGCGACAACUUCCGCACUUCACCUGACUCCGAUACUCACGACCACUUCUCGAAAAACCAGAACAUGUUUAGCCAAAGCCGAGACAUUUUUGCGUCUCAAAAACACUUGCGUGAGGGCCAAGACCGAGAUCAAAAUUCAAAAGACUAUUACAACAGCAAAGACAGCACCGAUAUCGGAAGCACCACUCACGGAGAUUUUGAUUCUCGCCGUGAUGCAAGCUCAGACAUUUUUGAUCCGAAAUACUCCCGUGAUUUGUACGAAAAUUCCAAGAGAGAUUCCUUCGGAAUGAUGAGAGACUUAUCGCCAAAAUCUCGCGACAGUUUUGGACUACCCUCGACUCGCGAAUUCGGAGUUGUGCCCAAUACAAGAGAGUCUUUCGUGGUAGCAAGACAAAGCUUCAAAAAAUUGGACCAUGAUAUGGAGCGACGGUCCAGCAUUGCUUCGACACACCAAACCGACAAAUUAGAGAGGAUUGAGAUUGAAGAGUGGCCAGAAUUCCUCAAACCUGUUUUGCCGCCGCCAGAAAAACCAGAGAUUGAGAAAGCUCAGGAGAUCGUUGAUACGAAACUUCAUCCACCUACUUCGAACACACACUUCACUUAUAAUCGAGUCGCUUGGACUCUGAGAGUGAAAAAGGAAGUUUUUGCUCCGAAUGAAACACUUUCAAGUCCUCUGGCGCUUCAUUUGGUAUUUUGUCAAGUUGCUUAUGAUGUUCUGGCGUCGAAUCACAUGAGAAUCACUAAAGAUGAGCGCCACAAUAUGCUUAAACUACUUGAUAACUACGGAAUUACUUUGGAAAACCUUCAAAGUACGCAGCAUAAAAUUACGAUGAAGAAAAAUGUCGUUGAUAUGGCUAAACAAUGGCCUCUGUAUUUCGCUAGAAUCUUUCCUGUGUCGAUUGGACCACAACAUCCAGAAGCACAACACAUCGCAGUGUCUCAUCACGGCCUAAGACUAAUAAAACGAUCAUCAAAUGGGGAAUUAAUGAUUCUCGAAACUCUUCCCCUUGAAGAUAUCGUUUCAGUUGGGUCUGCCAGAGCAAACGUGUGUACUUUAACGAUAUCAUCGGGAGUUCGUCUUCCUCUUCACACAACUCGUGCCCCGCAGCUGGCUGAAAUGAUCAGUAAUUUCAUUCGUGUGGUUGACCAAAAACCGCAGCACAAGACCCAUCACGAGAACCACGUCUCGCAGAUUACGAAAUCGAUCCAGUCUCAACCGAGCUACGGGAAUAAUAACAAUAAUAAUAACGUCAGUCACAACAAUCAAAUUCACAAUCAAUCAAACCACGUUAACCGGGAGACAAAUCACUCGCCUGUGAACCGAGUCCCGGGGGGUCACACGUCCCCGAUAGUACAGGCAAAUGGCGGGAGCAACCACAACCAGAAAAACCACCGCAACAGUCAGCAUCACGGCGGCCAAAAUCAGGAAUGGCGGCAGCCUGAAGAAACUAAUAAUAAAUCCCCUGAAGAAGAAUUUUACGAGUGCGGACCGGUUGUUAAUGAUGGAAAGCACUCGCUACUUCAAUAUGCCAUGUUAAAUUUCCGGCAGAGCACUGAAAAGUUCGAGAUGAUGAAGACCGCUGAUGGAUCGAUAAGUGGCUCAUUGAAGGUCAUCGAGUCCUUAAAGAACAAAAAGAAGAGCAAGAAGAACAAGGGCCAGCAGGACGGUGCUGAGUGGACUUGGAAAGAGCAAGUUGAUCUUGUUAAAUUUUCACCGGUCCCUAUCGAGCAGAGUCUCCUUAGAUUGGACACAGAGCUUAGUUCACUUGCCGUCGAGUGUUUCUUGUGUCUUAUGAGGUACAUGGGUGAUCAACCAUUACCCCCGGACAUGAGUGAAGUCAAAUGUGUAUAUACAAUACUCAUGCAUUGCCACAAAUUUGAACCAUUACGAGACGAAGUGUUCUGCCAACUAAUGAAACAAACGACGAACAACAAAAGCCCAAACCCAGAUAGCUGUCAACGCGGCUGGCGAUUAUUCAGCAUUGUCGCUGCCUACUUCACUUGCAGCGAAGGACUAAGACCUUACUUGAUAAAAUACCUAGAAACUGCGGCGUACGAUAAAAGACGCGCGUAUCACGGAACCGCGACAGUCUGCCUUCAGAAUUUGCGAAAAACCGUAAAGUACGGCGGGCGGAAAAACGUGCCCAGCGUGGAAGAAAUAAUGGCCAUCAGCGCGGGAAGAAACGCGAAGAGACAAAUAUACAGACUGCCUGGUGGUACCGAGAGAGUCAUUAACACCAAGUGUACGACUGUUGUUCAAGAUGUCAUUGAGGAAAUGUGCAGCGUCAUAUCCGUGAGAAAUCCACACGAAAUGGAUGAAUUCUCGCUAUAUUGUAUCGUCGACGGUGAUGCUUUCACGAUGCCUUUAGCGCGAGAUGAAUAUGUCCUUGAUGUUACCACCGAGUUGCAAAAGAAUCAUCAAGUAUUUUAUUUGAUAUUCUGCAGAUCGGUGUGGUAUUACCCUUUGAGACUGGACGCAGCUUUGUACAUAGAGGUUGUUUUUAAUCAAAUUGCGCCAGAUUAUUUGGAAGGACUUUUGCUAGUUAUUCCGGAAGAUCAUUUACCCCAAGAAGUUAUUUACGAUAUGGCUCAAAUAGCUGCUUUACUGCACCGAGCAGCGGAUAUGGCCCACGAUCCAUCAACUAAAGAAAUAAAAUACUUAUUACCAAAACCUGCGCUCAGCUUACGAGAGCCUAAACCUCAGCAGUGGGGUAGUAUGGUCCAGCAAGCAUGGAAUAAUAUUCAACACAAUACUCCUGCUGUUUGUAAAGCCCAAGUUCUAGAAAUUCUGUCGAAAUGGCCGCUAUUUGGAUCGAGUUUCUUCGCUGUAAAAAGAAUACCAGAAAACGGCAAAGAGAAAGGAGGAGAUCACAUUCUAGCCCUGAAUAGACACGGUGUUCACUUUAUCGAUUUAAUGACACACGUAACGUUGUAUCAUUAUCCUUUCUCGGAAGUAAUAUCGACGCGUAAAGUUAAAUCCGAAGAAGGAGCUCUUUACCUGGACAUGAAAUGCGGUAAUUUGAUGCAGCAAAGAAUAACAAGAUUGCAAACAGAACAAGCGCAUGAAAUUUCACGCCUAAUCCGACAGUACAUUACAAUGGAACAGCGGACAACGAAUAAUCAAACAACCGGUCUUUCUUACGGCUGGAAAUGAUUUUAUUCAUUCAUAAAAUUAUUAUUAUUAAAAUUUAUUUUGUUAAUAAUAUUAUUAAUUUUUCAUUUUUUCUAAAAUGCAUUUUAAGAUGACAAGCGUAAAAAAACAAUUAAUAAUUACGACUUUUAAAUUCAAAAUGCUCAAUUAUAUCGGUGUGUAAAUAAUAAAUAAGUAAUUAUAUUUUAUUAGAUAAAGUGGCGAUAAAUAAGAGCAAAUGCUGCAUUUAAUAGUAAGUAUGUUUAGUUAUGUUAUGGUGUAAUAGCUCAAUACAACUUUUAAGUGACUAAUAAUAAUUAAAUUAGUUUUUAUUGAUAUUAUUAUAUGCCCAAUUUUUGUCUU